GUAUGUGUUGUAACAAGUUAUACACAUGUGUAUGUAUAUACAUAUAUAUAUAUAUAUAUAUAUAUAUAUACAGAAUGAGUCAGCAUUUAUUAGCGUCUGAAAUAAAUUUUUAUUGGGGAUAAAAAAAAAGUGAAGAAGAAGCAAAGAAAAAAAUAAAUAAAAGAAACGUGACCUAUAAUUUCUUUGGUUGGCCAAUAAAAAAGUCAAUAAUCGUGUCUAUAUAAUUUUUCGUUGAAACAUUUUUUAACUACUGAACAAAAGAAUUGUUUCAAGUUUGACAGUAAUUAUUGACUCACCCUGUAUGCACAAGACAAACACAAUGGAACACGUGUAUAACAGAGCGGAGCAUCUAUAGCGUGUCCAUAAGAUGUGCGCGUUUUCCUACAAGGCGCGCUUACCUGCUGUUAUUGUUGGCCACCAAUUUGAUGAUAAGAGCUUCUCCUCAGUAGUGUCGCGACAAUGUUCGGUCGUAAAUGCAUCGUCUUUUAAUCGCUCCGUAUCGCUCGUAAUCGUUGAUUAUAAUAGCCUCUUGGAGACGAAGGAGGAGUGUUUACUUGAGAUGGACUCGGUAGCGGUUACGGUUCCGCUUCGUCAACCAACGAAGAAAAUGAAGAAACGUAAGGAAUUGGAUGCUCUUGCACCUCCACAUGCCGUUUCCAGAAGAACUUCCGGCAAACGUAGUUCUCAGGAAUUAUUGACGGAUAGCAGUGACGAACGUUCAGAAUAUUGGAACACGUCUACAAGAAGCAGCCGCAAAUGCAGAGGAAGAAGGAGCCAAGCUUGUCCGGGAUUUCUUAAGGCUUGUAGUGCCUUUUUGGCAUGCGCUUCUGUCUUAGCUACUGCUAGCUUAAUAUGGCUUUUCAUUGACGUUCGUCAACAACUCACCGCCUUAAGAACGGAAUUGGAUCAAGUAAUUGCCGGAAACGAGGGUGUUCCUGAUGCUUUGCAAAAAUGUCAUUCCAUGUCGAGGGAUCUGCAAAAUAAUCAAACCGUCAUUUUCUCUCAUUUAUCGGAUCUUAGAUUUCAAAUAAGCAAUGUCACGAUUCAGUUAGUAAACAUACAACAUGGAUUGCAUCAAGUUCAAGAAUGGGUGCACGCUGCGCCAGAGCUUGCUAAUGUUCCUAAAGAUUUGAAAGCACUUUCGACGACCGUUGUUUCAUUGGGCAGUCAAAUAAGAGAUUUGGAUUCAACUGUAACAACAUUAAAAGAAACUAAUACGCGCCUACAAAACGUUCAAACUACUGCAUUACAAAAUAUCAGCAGCGUACAGCACGCUCUUUCUGAAUUAAUCAAUAUAACGCAAAAACCUCAAAUCUUAACUACCAACGAAACCAAACUGAAAACCGAAGAAUUAAAUGCCGCGAUAUUGCGUGUAACAAAUAACUUGACGCACGUCAAUGAAACUCUAUCAAGAACUCUUCAAUGGACUAGCGAAGAUCAGAAAAAAGAUCAUAAAAUAUUGAAUUCCCUCUUGGAUACGACCCAAAAUGUUAGUACAAAGGUUAUAUCAUUGGAAGGAGAAUAUGCAAAAAUGUCUGAACAAAUAACUACAUUGCCAUCAUUAACAGAACAAGUCGAACGAAUAUAUGCAGCUAACGUUGAAUUGAACGAUAGACUAAAACGUUUGGAACAAUCUUAUAUUUCUGUAAAAAAUUCGACUACUGCUAUGUUAAAUACGAUAACGAAAAUGAAAAAUGACAAGAGAAUUGUUGACGAUCAAGAUGAUACAACAGAAAUGCCCAUCGAAGGAAGUCAAAAUGUUCAGAGGAUAGGCACAAACACUUAAAUAUAAGAUAGAUAUAGGUAGAGUAUAAAUAAUAUUUCCAAUAUUGUGAUUUUCAAAAAUAGCUCCUGCACGUAUGAUAAAGCAGUCUGUAGGCAACGUAAAAAGAGAUGUGUAAUUGUAAAUAUUAAUAAAAUAGGAAACUAUCCAUUUAGCAGGAAUUACAUAUUUAAACUCUGGGUUAUGUAUGCACGUCAAAGAAAAGGAUGUUAUGUCGAAGUAUGUAAUGAGCAUUACAUAUUAUUAAAUGAACGUUCUGCAAGUAUUUCGUGACCUGGAGGAAAGAAUCUAUACCAAGCAAUAAUUUGUACAAUUACACAAUAUUGAUAUUCUGAUACAUACAUUGAAAGUACAUACGUUUGGAAAUACUUACAAAGUACAAAAUCUACAAGUUCUCAUCUUUGUCUACACUUUAGUCGAAUGAAUUUCUAUUGGUAUAACAUUUGUUAGACAUCACAAAGGUAGCCUCAUAUAUGUCCAUUAGAUAUACAUGAUUUUUUCAAUUUGCAAAUUUAAAAAUUCUUUCUUUAAAUAAUUACUUCAAAAUUACAAUUAUUGCCACCUAAUGAUUUUCUCGAUUUAUCAACUCGAUUCAUCAUAACGGAACGUUUGUUCUGCACGAUAAUAUACUUAGAGUAGUAUUGUUUAUAAGUCUACAAAGAGGCACAGAUGAGUGCUAUUUUUUACGACAAUCUAUACAAAACGUGGUCAGAUAAAAUUAAUCAAAACUACGCACAUUACACAACAUUCGCAGUAUUAUACCUAAUUCGUCCAAAGCAUAAGUCUUGCAUAUUGUACGUCAUAACUUUACUGCAGUACAUCGAUUUCAUCAUCUUAUCACACAUUUCUAUUAAGUAGUCUUUAUCGAUACGUAUAAUAAUUAACUAUUACCUAAAGACUGUUAUUUUCUCGUUAAAA